AUGUUGUCUUUGCGCUAUUGUGCAGGACGGGCCCGCGAGGUCGAGCAUGUGCAGCGCGAGCCGCCCCCCGUGCGCCUCAGCAACGCCCAGCUGGCACACGACGUCUCCCGCGGCCGCGGCAGCGCCCCCAGCAUCAGCAGCGCGAGCUCGCAGGCGGCAGGCGCUGCGCCCCUGCCGCAGGCCAUGCAGCGCGGCGCACCGAGUCUGGGCCCGCUGCCGGCCGCGCCGCCGCGCAGCGCGGGGCCCGGCGCCGACGCCGGGCCGCAGCCCCAAGGCCCGCCGGCGGGAGGCGGCCUCCGCUGACGCCUGCGCCCGCGCGCGGCGGCGAGGGAUGCCGACGCACUCCUGGAAUGACCUCCAGCAGGGGGCGCACGUGCGUGAGCUCAUGUUUAAUUCCGAGCUCACGCAUGAGCUUACAAGCACGCAGGCCCUCUCAAGACUCAUAUGGUUCGUCGAUCUAGGCGAGAUCCUUAUUUCCCAGCUCUCAGAAUUUCAGCUGGCAUCUGCUUUCGAUGUACAUAU